UCCCGGCAUGCACCGCGCGGGGCCGGGCCCGGAGCUGCCAAGAUGGCGGACCUGGAGGAGCGGGUGUCGGAUGAGGAGAAGGUGCGUAUAGCUGCAAAAUUCAUCACUCAUGCACCCCCUGGGGAGUUCAAUGAAGUAUUCAAUGAUGUCCGGUUAUUGCUCAACAAUGACAAUCUUCUCAGGGAAGGAGCAGCACAUGCAUUUGCACAGUACAACAUGGAUCAGUUCACUCCAGUGAAGAUAGAAGGGUACGAGGAUCAGGUCUUAAUCACAGAACAUGGUGAUCUGGGCAAUGGCAGAUUUUUAGACCCAAGAAACAAACUUUCUUUUAAGUUUGAUCAUUUAAGGAAAGAAGCAAGUGACCCCCAGCCUGAGGACACGGAGUCGGGUUUAAAGCAGUGGAGAGAUGCCUGUGACAGUGCCCUGAGAGCCUACGUGAAAGAUCAUUAUCCCAACGGCUUCUGUACUGUUUAUGGUAAAUCUAUAGAUGGGCAGCAGACAAUUAUUGCCUGUAUUGAGAGCCACCAGUUCCAGCCCAAAAACUUCUGGAACGGGCGCUGGAGAUCGGAAUGGAAGUUCACCAUCACACCACCGACAGCUCAAGUGGCUGCAGUGCUCAAAAUCCAGGUCCAUUACUAUGAAGAUGGCAACGUCCAGCUGGUUAGUCAUAAAGACAUCCAGGACUCUGUACAGGUGUCAAGUGAUGUCCAGACUGCUAAGGAGUUUAUUAAGAUAAUAGAAAACGCAGAAAAUGAGUACCAGACAGCAAUCAGUGAGAACUACCAGACCAUGUCAGACACCACUUUCAAAGCCUUACGCCGGCAGCUGCCCGUCACCCGCACCAAGAUCGACUGGAACAAAAUCCUCAGCUACAAGAUUGGCAAGGAAAUGCAGAAUGCCUAAGGCAGGGGCAGGGAGGUUCUGUGAAAUGGUGGUGUGUGCAAAAAAAAAAAAACAAAAACCAAACGAAACAAAAAACAAAACAAACGUGGUCCUAUGCCAAGUAGGUGGUUCCUAAACCAGAGCAGCAUUUUUUUAGGGCUUUCAAAGUUAACAGGUUUUCUAGCCUCAGAGGGAACUGUGGAACAAAUAGCGUUGUCUUUGUGUUUUGUGUUUCCUGCCACGUAAACUUCCUGUUGUAAUGCAUUUAAUAGGUCAUUUUAAUUCAGCCGGUCGUGGCUCCGAGGUAUAGCUGUUUUCAAUCACUGGUUGGAAAACUUCCUAGCUGGAAAAGCCCUAUUGUAACCCCCAGAGGAGGGUGCAGAGCAUUCCCUUCACCUGUAUUACACCACUCCAGGUACUCCAGUGAGUCUGUCAAACCUGCCAACAGCUCACAAACGCUGCAAGACACAGUAAAUGCAAGACAGUGAGUCCUUGUGUAUCCUUAUUCCCAACCUCCACGAAGCAGAAGGCCUGCAGGCUUAGAUUUUACUGUAUAAAAUAAGUUUACAGGAUCCUUUACAGAACUCCCUACUCACCCAGCUCUUCCAGGGAUGUAUUUUUUUUUGUUUGUUUUUUACUCUGAAAAUCCAUGUUCCCUAAAAGUGAACAUCUCU